GCUGAUCCGGAUGCAACGAACGUGCACAUAUAUGGCCGGUAUCUAUGGCUCGCUCUUUUUAAGCUAGGCCUCUCUGUUCCUCGCCCCAGCCCACGGCAGCCCUUUCCUUCCGCAACAUACAUACCCACUGCACGAGCCAACGAGCGCAGCCACACUCCUCGCCCCCGCCCCCGCCAGAGCAUAAGCCCUUCCAUGAGGGUGUUGAUGUCGCGCCGGCGCGGUGCCGGUGCCAGCGGCGGCGGGCUGUGCAUCAACAAAAAGGCCCGCCUAUUCAUGUGCGGCUGCGGCGGCACCAAGGCUGUCUCCAUCUCCGAUGGCUCCUCCGACAAGUCACCAACCGCCACGCCGCAGACCGCCGCGUCAACCACUCCGCUCACCGGCACGUCGACCGCCACCGUCACGACCGAGUCGACGAGAAGAGGAGGGAGCAGGCCGGCGACGACAACGUCGUCGGCUCCCUCCUCGUUCUCGGUCUCGUCUUCGUCCGUCACCACCACCACCACCACCACCGCCGACGACGGCCCCAGCAGCAUGGAGGAGAGCACGCCCAGCCUGUCGGCGCUCCUGCGCCAGCUCCACGAGCUGGAGCGCAGCGUCCGCUUCCUGCACUCCGCCGGCAGCACCGACGGCAAGCAGUGGCACCGCCGGACCGUGAGCGAGGGCGGCGGCGGGUCCGGGCGGGUGGAGGAGAGCGUGGCGGUGGUGAAGGAGUCGGCGGACCCGCUGGGCGACUUCCGCCGGUCCAUGCUGCAGAUGAUCGUGGAGAAGGAGAUCGUGGGCGGCGCGGAGCUCCGGGAGCUGCUGCACCGGUUCCUGUCCCUCAACUCGCCGCGCCACCACCACCUCAUCCUCCGCGCCUUCGCCGAGAUCUGGGAGGAGGUCUUCGCCGGGCACGAGCGCGCGCCGGACUUCCUCGCCUCCUCCCGCCGCUGCAGGAAGAAGCAGCACCAGCACCUGGCAACGCGUGGUGCUUGAGCUUGACUAGUCUGUUCCUCGAUCGGUUUGUUACGUCCAACUGUCCAAGGUCCAAUCCCAUCCCCCGGCCGUCGAUUAAUUUCUCUUGUACGUUCGUGGCUGGGCGGACGAGACUUGCAUGGUUGUUUUCAGUAGUUUCGUUUUUGUCGAUUUCUUUGACGCAUUGGUUUAUCACAAGUGCGCUGGUAACGGUCUUGAGUUAGGGUUUUUGUCGAUGCGUUGAUAUAUCAAGUGUUCUGUACUGAUGUGUACUCCACGCAACAAACGCCUUGGUUUUUUUUUCUGAACUGAUUGUAGACUUUCAGUGUGUUUUUCUAAACUGCUUGGUA